AUGGCGACUCCCGUUAUUGACAUUCUCUUAUCCCCUUCCUCAAUCAUACCCGCACAACAAGCGGUGCUCAACCGCAUCCAUAGUGAUCCAGGCAUUCCGAGCGCGGUCAACACGUCAAAAUCAUUCUGGUUGAAAGACCCGCAUCCCACAAUCGACAAGGCGCAGUCGUCAACUCUGCCAGAAAAGGCAGACAUUGCCAUUAUCGGCUCUGGAAUCACGGCAGUCUCAAUUCUAUACCAUCUUCUGGAUCUGCAUUCCCGUCAGAGCCAUGGCGAGGUGCCAGACUUCUCCAUCGUUAUGCUGGAAGCGAGAAGUACGAGUAGCGGAGCGACAGGUCGCAAUGGCGGCCACAUCCUGCCCACUGGCGAAGAGUACUCCGCCAUGAAAGGCCUGCUUGGCAAGGGAGCCGCUGUAAAACUACUGAAAUUUCGAUUUGCACAUGUGCAGACGCUUCUCGAUCUUGCAGAUCGUCUCGGUGUCGCGGAAGCGUCGCAAGCCAGGGCCGUGCAAUUUGUCAGUGUGUACCACGAUGAGCAUGAGUUCCAUGACGCCUGCGCCAGCCUGAAAGAGAUGAAAAAAGAUCUUCCCGAGGAAACAAAGUCUUUCAAGGCGUAUGAAGCUGAAGCUGCGAAGAAGGAAUUCGGGCUAGCGUACGCUACAGGCGCCAUCACUGGGCCCGCAGGCGCCCUUUGGCCUUACAAGUUCACAACUGCCAUCCUCUCCGACAUCUGCACGAAAUAUCCAAAGCACUUCCGACUAGAAACCGGCACCAGUGUGCAAACCAUCAGCAUCGACAGCAACACAGACGCAGCGUACCCGCACGUACUGCAGACAAACCGAGGCCCCCUCCGUGCGAAACACAUUGUCCACGCAACAAAUGGGUACGUAGGACAUCUAGUACCCGGCUUCCGUGGUCGGGUAUUCCCGCUGCGAGGCCAAAUGAGCGCGCAAGCACCCGGUCAAACCUUCGGCUUCCAGGGCACUAAGCACUCCUGGCUCAUCAACUACGGCGACAAGUUCGACUACCUCACCCAGCUUCCUGUGGCGCCGCCUGCCUCGCACGGCGAGAUGAUGCUAGGCGGCGGCAUUGCGCCCGCGAGCAGGCAGGGUCUCGCAGAAAUCGGAGUAGCAGACGACUCUGCGUUGAGCGCGGAUAUCGACGUACAUCUUUCGGGCGCGCUGAGCGCAGUCUUUGGCCACGGGAACUGGGGCCCCACGCAAGGUAACAGCGUCAAGUAUAUGUGGACUGGCAUCAUGGGCUUCAGCGCCGAUGGGUUCCCUUGGGUCGGCAAGCUGCCCGCGAGCCUCACGCAUCGGGAGUCUGCGUGUACCAGCAAAGUUGGAGGCUGUGAGUGGGCGGCUGUGGGGUACUCGGGAGAGGGUAUGGUCCAUGCAUGGCUGUGUGGAAAGGCGUUGGCUAUUCUGAUACGCGGCGAGGAUGGGAAAAGUGUGGAAGAUUUAAGGUCACUGGAGGAGUGGUUUCCUGCGCAAAUACUAAUUUCGGACGAUCGCGUAAAGAAUUCCAAGCUUCCCAUUACCAUAAAUAAACUUUAG